AAUUUUUAUUUGAACUAGUCAGUUGUAUAAAAUUCUAGUUAGUUAACUUUUUUUGUUAUUUAAUUUAUCAAAACGUAAAUGAUGUUAGGAUUAGGAACACAGCUUAAACAUCAAAAUAAUGAAAAUUUUUAAAGUUCUACAAGUUUCUUUAUGUAUUUUUAUUGAAUUUCUUAUUCGAGGAUGGUGUACUAAUAGUAACAGAGUACUUCCUCAGAACAACACAGAGGCUCAGAAUGAAUUACAUGAAUCAAGUCAACUUCCUGUACAACUGGAGAAUGAAGAACUAGGUGAUGUUUCUGGAGAGACCUUCACUACAAACAGUAAACUUGUUGCUUCAGCUGCUAAAGAUUUUAAUGAUGUAGAAAACCACCCUUUUGAAGAAGAGAGUAAGGAUAUUAUACAGUUGCCACUAUCUUCGGAUACACAUCCAGACAUUACAGGCUCUGCAGAAGAAUCCACAGUUAGAGAGUCUGUAGGUGAACUAUCUGCUACAAAAGAACUCUUCAAUCACCCAGUAAAACAUGAUGUGGAAAAUCAACUGAAGUCGGUAAAAGAAACAAGUGAUCUAAAGCAAGAAAUGCAGCCUCUACAAACCAAGAAUUCCAGUCAAUUCGCUGAUGAACAUUCGGAUGGUGCUAAGUAUCUGUCUAAAGAUGAAAAACCAACAAGGCAGACACUUACUGAUGAAGAAGAAGAAAAUGGUCUUCAUUCUGUGAUAGACAAAGAAAAUCAAGACAAGAACAUUCAAGGUGUUGGCAAUAAAAUGCAGCAAAAAUGGCCAGUUGAAUUUGAAAAAGGUGUGAAAACAGACCAGGAGAAGUCUACAGACACUCCUCGGUCAGAACCAGAUGUCAUGCCUUCGUUUGAUGAAUGGAAAAAAAAAAUGUUGGCAGAGCAAGAGAGAGAAGGUAUUGUAUUGGUUCAAGACUUUGUUCCAGGUAAGAAACUUGCAGCCCAUAAGAGAAAACAGAACUAUGCAUCAUAUAAGUGUGGGGCAAAAAUCAUGGGAUCCAAUCCUGAAGCGGAAGGAAAGAGUCGUAUCUUGAGUGAGAUGAUGGAUGAAUACAUGCUCAAUCCGUGUAAAGCAAAGAUCUGGUUUGUGGUGGAGCUAUGUGAGUCGAUUCAAGCCAACCAGGUGUGUGUUAAGUAGUU